GACCUAGCCUAGCCAAGUUAUCAAUUGUCCAUUGUUUGUCGCCAACACAUUUGAUUACGUGAAUGCAGACGGUAUGGUUAAUGAGUUCUUAGUACUAUUAAUCGGUUGACUGAUCGGGAGAUAAAGAGGACCAAAGGUCUGAUCUUGCGCUGUAUCUUAGCGUAAGUUUAGCGCCACUGCACACACGUCACACGUCCAUUCAAUGCAGAAAGCUGUGGGGGCACAGUGUUCGGGAUGAGUACCGUAGUCCAACGUAUUGACAAUCGACGUGGUGAAUCAGAUUGUGAACUUCUUUUGCCGGUAGGACCUGAUUAUAGCGACAGCCGCAAUAAUGGGAAACUACUUGACUUAGAAUCGAGUGAUGAAUAUGUCGCGAAUGUGAACGUUCAUGUUGAAAACAGGAUCGAGCCACCUCAUUUACAUGGUCUUCCAGAUGUAAUUUUUGAACCGAACACGGCCACACUGGACAAUUCCAUGACGAGUUCUCCCGCCGGGCACAGCCGGCAAGAAACAGAGAACGAACCCCUCCUUCAGCCGGUGCGGAGUAGAAGCAGAAACUCGUCAUCGCUCGAGGAUUUCAACACAUUUUCAGAUGACCCAGAUUUUACAGCAAUUAUUCGAGAGGCAGAGCAGGCGAUAAUUCAUGGCAUUUACCCUGAAAGGAUAUCACAGGGCUCAAGCGGGAGUUAUUUCGUCAAGAGUUACACUGGGAAGGUGAUUGGUGUCUUCAAGCCAAAGAGCGAGGAGCCCUACGGUCAACUGAACCCGAAGUGGACAAAAUGGAUGCAGAAGACAUGCUUUCCAUGCUGCUUUGGGAGAGGUUGUCUCUUACCGAACCAGGGAUACCUUUCCGAGGCUGGAGCUUACCUAGUGGACAAGAAAUUCGGCCUCAAUGUAGUACCAAAGACAAGGGUUGUCAAAUUAGCUAGUGAAACUUUCAACUAUUCUCCAAUUGAUAGAGCAAAAGCCAAGACGAAAAAGUUCACCUUGGAGAAGUUUGAAGCCAUUGGUAGAAGAUUCAAUCGUAUUGGGCUACCACCAAAGGUUGGAUCAUUCCAGCUGUUUGUGAGUGGUUUCAAGGAUGCAGACUUUUGGUUGCGGAGAUUUGAAGGAGAGGACCUUCCAGAGUCGACAUCCAAAGAAUUCCAACUUCAAUUUGAGAGGCUUGUGGUCUUAGAUUACAUCAUUAGAAACACAGAUAGGGGUAACGACAACUGGCUGAUCAAAUAUGAGAAGACGACGAUGGUAGAGAACCAGCAACAGAACCUUGAUGAAUCAGGCGAGGACUGGGGUAUGGUCACCUCGCCGGUCACUCAUGUAGCGGCCAUCGAUAAUGGACUAGCCUUCCCUUUCAAGCACCCAGAUGAGUGGAGGACAUAUCCAUACCAUUGGGCGUGGCUACCUCAGGCUAAGCAAAAGUUUUCAAAGGAGACCAUUGACCAUGUACUCCCUAAAAUUAGUGAUAUGAACUUCAUGGAAGAACUCUGUACAGAGCUCUACAGCCUCUUUGGUGAGGAUAAAGGCUUUGAUAAACAUAUGUAUGAGAAACAGAUGGCUGUCAUGCGUGGCCAGGUACUGAACCUGGGCCAGGCAAUGAGGGACAACAAGGCACCCGUACAGCUGGUCCAGAUGCCCCUUAUCACGGUGGAGAAGAACAAGCAGGAUGGAAGCACCGGUCCCGGCCGCAUCCGUCACCAUAGCGACUCCUUCACGCAGAGCUUCCACCAAAAGAUGCCCUUCUUUAGCUGCUGUUGAUGACGGCUAGUGGCUAAGAUGACCGGGGAACGCGAUCGCAAAGAUUUUCGAAAAAUCAACUUCAGUGCAAUUUCAAAUAGCUUGUUCAUCCCUGUUAAAUACACCGGUUUACUAACAUAUUCAAAUUGUAUGCAUCUUUAUAAAUAAAGGUUGUUCUAGAAAACCUGAAUGCUUGACCGAGGCUUGCCUAACAUAGCAACAAGUAAUGUAUUCAGACUGGACUCCCAAGUAUUGUAGUUCAUUCAUUAAUAACGGGUUAAUGGUUUAUACGUCACUAGGUCCCCAGGAAAGAAACAUCUAUAAAUUUGAAUAUGUUAGGGAACAUUUCAAAUACAUAUCAAGCAAUCCUACAUGAUUUCUACAUCAAUAAUACAAUGUAGAGGGGGGGGGGGGGGUGAAUUUAUCCAUGAGUUCAUUUUUCGAAAGUUGAGUGAUUGUGUUUUAGGUAGAAUGUAGCUAGAGACUACCGGUAUACAUGUAUUGAAAAAUAAACUAUUUGAAUGAA